GUCGGUUUUUUUGUUCGAGGAGAGUUUUUCAUAAUUUUUUACUAGCGAUUGUCAAAUCAGAAAUUUGAAGGAAAUAUAUAAUAAAUUUGUAUUAGAAAUAGAUAAAAAUUAUAAUAGUUUCAAUUAAAAUAUCCUUUUUAUAACAAUAAUAAAAUUUGUCUAAAAUAAUAGCCUUUUAUAUUGAAAUCCAAGAUCCAAGUCCCACACGAAUAUUUUGUUAAAUACAUACGACACAGACGACAUUGUCGUCCAUCACCAUAAACCUUGAUAGAGAGCUCUGACAUAUAAAAAAGUUAAAAAAUAACAAAACAAAAAAUUCCUUGGUGAAAACCAAAAAUGUCUUCCCCUUUGGCUUUGAUGGACUCAUUACUACGUGAAUUCUAUUCUACGGCCACACCUAAUAACCGCAAACGGGAAAUUGAAACAGAAUUAAUAUCGUUCAAGAGUCAAGCAGAAUCCUGGAAGACAUGUCUCUCUGUUGUGGGCAAUGGUAGCAUAUUUGAACAAAAUCAAUUUCUUUGGUUUUUCUGCACUUCUACGUUGGAGCAUGCAAUAACGCGUCGAUGGAUGCAGUUGGGCAGUGCAGAUAGAGCUCAUAUGAGGGAAGCACUAUGGACUGCUUAUGUCAAUUUACCACCCAGAUCACAGAAAAGACAACGAGACACAUAUGCUCAACUAAUAGCUUUAAUGGGUAAACGUGAAUUUCCCGAUGAAGACCCCAACUAUAUUAUGCACUGUCUGACAUUAGUAAAAUCAAAUUUUGUGUUGGGCAUUUGUCUAUUGCGUACAACAUCUGAAGAAGUUGUUAGUAAUCGAGAAGAUGUUAGUACCGACAGAAAACAGUAUUUUCAUUCCUGCACGUCAAUGUGUAUGCCUGAAGUAAUGGAUCUAUUAACAAAAUAUUUACUAAUAGCUGUGUGUCAUAUUAAUGGCAAAGACAUUCAUUCCAUAUCAAAUACCCUCAUGGAUUAUAGUUUAGUGACAUCCCUGCCAAAUGACAAUCAAUUAAGUUCCUCUGUGUUGGAACUGUUAACGUGUAUCCAACAUUUAGUUUCCUGGGUAAGGACAGAUUUAAUAUCGGAAUAUUUUCUUAUGUCAAUUUUGGAUAUAUCGCAAUGGCGAUCAUCACAUCAGGAUCUGUCAUUGGCUGGCUUAAAUAUACUGAAUGAACUAUUGUAUUUACAAAAAUCGUUGCCAUAUAAUGUAACUCUUAUGUCUGGUAUUAAUGUGCUGUUGGAUCAACAUAAUACAUCUAAGCAACAGAGUGAAAUGUAUAUUGACAAGUUUCGCGAACUUUUACGUCUGUAUGCUGCUAAAUAUUGGCUAAAAAUGUUGCAAGAGUCUACAGUUUUGGAUGGCUUCUUGAAAUCAUUAUAUUGCUGCACCGUGUUUCAAAAUGGUGCAUAUGAUUUUACAGAAAAAUUGGAAAUUUGGACACCCAUCAUUAAAGGUUUAACCAUGCACGAUAAAUUAAAUCGGUAUAAUGAUGUCAUACAUCAAUUAGUAUCGGAAAUUAUGCACCGUACACAAUUUGAAUAUAAUAAGACUGAAUUGGAACUCUUGGACAAUGAACUGAUGGAAGAUAAUACCCAAACAGAAUGGCAACAAUAUUUGACACAGUGCAUUGAGUGUAUUGCCUUAAUCGCCGAGUCUAGACCGAAUGCAGUAUUUGCACAAGUAUUUAGUCAUUGGUCUCGGCCACAUGUUUACCUCCAAUCCAUAGAGAAUGAUAUAAACAGUGGCAAAAGUUUCGAGUUGUCACGUAAACUCAAGUCGCAAAAUUUUGCUGAACAUUUAAGAGACUUUUCCACCGUCUGUCAGGCGGUAGUAAGAAUAGCUCCUUUAUUGGAUACGAACACAACAGCUGAAGCUUCAUCAGAAGUUAACUGCCAUUUAAAUAUAUUAGCUGAGAAUCUGCUUACAACAUUGAAAUUUUUUACUAGCAACAAACUGCAUACAAUAGAUGUUGAUGCCUCAACAUUUCAGACUGAUUUUGACUAUUUAUAUGCUCAAGUUCUUAUGGCCAUACGAAGUAUUCUGCCAUUAUGCCAAUCAUUAAAAUCGGAUCAAAUGCUUUUGCAACUGUUCGACUCGUUGGGUAGCAUUUUUCAACCCAAUACCAUUAUGGGAUCAUCGCCACUCAUUUAUAUGGCAGCCAGCCAAUUGCUGUUGUGUAUAUCAUCUGUGAUACGUCCGAAAUGUCUUUUGGAAAUACCCACAAUUGUAAAUCUCAUGCAAUCGGGUCCUCGCUUAACGCAUUUACCACGGCAAGUGAUUGCAAAUAUCUAUAUAAGUCUUAUUAGUUACCUAGUGUUGCCUUGGAAAAAUGUUGACGAACAACAACAGGACUAUUCACGCCGCUGUCUGAUCCUAAGGGAAUAUAUUGAAUGUUUGGCUCAAGGUUUCCUAGAAUUGGACUUGAACUCUUUGAAUGCGGCCACUGCCGAAGCUAAAGUAUCAUCGAUUUCUUUGAGUUUAUUAGUUACAUUUAGUUUAGUUAUAGAAUUCUUUAAAGACUCACCAAACACAACAAAAGACAUGUUAUCAUCUACAUUUAAGCCCAUCAUAACGAAAGCGCUAAUGAUUUAUAAUUCAUUUGGUCACAAUAGUAAUGCAAUUUCCAUCACUGUGGCCGAGUUUAGUUUAAGUGUUUUGCGUACAUUACAAAGUCAAUUAGGUUCACAAUUUAUUAAGGAAAUGAUAACACUUUUUAUAACUGUUAAUGUCAGGGAACAGCUAACUCUUAGUCGCGUCGUGGUGAUAGAGAAAAUAUUACAAAUGUUUCAAUUAAUUGUCCAACAACCAGGUAAUGCAUCCUUAGCUAUGUUGCCUUCAAUAUUGGACUUUACAUUUGAACACAUAAUGCCUCUACUGCAAGUAGAGAACAGUGUUGCCGAUACCACUGACUUGACCAGUGUGGUGUAUUCAUUGUUCGAUAGUAUACUUACUUGUAAAUGGCAGUAUUUUUACAAGUCACACGUUCAGCCCAAUGGUGUAUUACAACAGCAAAAUGGCAAUAAUAGUAGUCCAACCAUAAAUCCCACUGAUAACUUACAUCCCGAACAUUUUAUGGCUAUUAUGAAUGCCUAUGGGCAAAUUGUCGUUACUGGCAAUGAUCCAAAUAUAGUACGGACCGUUUUAAUAUCCAUGCAAAAUGUUCAUGAGAAAUGGCGUCUUUAUCAGCGGCCAUUAUUCAAGGAAAAUUUAUUGGCUUCAUUUCAAAGAGCUUUGAUUAAUGUUCUUCUGUCUGGCGAAGGCGCUUUACAUUUUGAUCUUUUGACAAAUGCUUUAUUUGCCAUGUCUCAAGUGGAUGCUCUCAAAAUGCGCGAAAGUUUUGCUAACGCCGGUUUACCCAUAAAUAUGAAAUUAAUUGAUGAAAUAUGUUUAACUACGGACAUUCCAACAUUUUCCCAGAAACUAACGCAAUUGAUACAAGAUGCGCAUUGUGUACAUCUAACACAAACAUAAACAUAAUUAUCAGUAACUAAUAAAAUAAUGCAUAUUCAAUUUAUGUUAAAAAUAAUAAUAGUAAUUAAUAUAAAAUAUAAUAAAUAAUUUUCUAACUUUAAUGAUCAUUA